AAAAAUGAUUGAAAUGUAAUUAGUUAAAAACAAACUGAAUUUAGUCUUUUGAUCAUGUUUCUGCUUGUCAGGUGAUAGACGUGGGUUCAGGGAAAGGCUACCUGUGCUCCUAUCUGUCCAUGCGGUUCAACCUGCAAGUGUUCGGGAUCGACUCCUCCAGCACCAACACACAUGGAGCUCAGGAGAGGAACAGGAAACUGAAGAAGUUCUCCAAAGCUUAUCAGAAACCAAACAAAGCCACUAGGAAGCAAACUUUGGACAGUGAGGAUGCGAGUAUACAACACAGCAGAAACUUUGAAAACAGCGAUGGCCUCAAAAACUUUAUUACUGAGGAAAAGUAAAGCUUUGAGGCUCGAGCGGAUAGCAGUGCUUUAUCAAAACAAGUCCCCAAUGAUUUAUCUGCUUCAGAUGAUGCUGGAGAAUGUCCAUUAGACCUGAAUGAUUCAGAUUCAGGAAGCAGCUUCCUCAGUAUGCUGCCUCUAGACGUCACAGAAGACGUCUCUCCCCGCGUCAACCACAGCCAGCUGAGUCUGGAGGAAAGAGAGAAGAGGAAGAGAUUGAAUCUGGAGAGGAAAGCUGGAGAAGGAAGGGGGAACAUCAGAGACGACGGCCUGUUUUCCCCUCUGACCUCAUAUGUCACCGCAGAAACUGAGCUCAAGACGCUGAUCACAGAGCUGGAGGAUGCGGUUCUGGUUGGUCUGCAUACGUGUGGAGAUUUGGCCCCCAGCACUCUGAGGAUGUUCGGGGCCAAACAGGAGCUGCGCGCCGUUUGCAGUGUGGACUGCUGCUACCAUCUGCUCUCUGAAGAGUUUGAUCAGGACAGACAGGGGUGUGUUGAUGGUGUGUGUGGUUUCCCUGUGAGUCAGUAUCUGAAGGCUCAGGAGUGUUUCUGUGGUCGAAAUGCACGGAUGUCAGCGUGUCUCGCUCUGGAGAGAGUGUCUGUUGGAGGAGGGCUGCCUAUGGAGUCACUUUUUUAUCGGGCCGUCCUUCAUGUUAUUUUAUGAGAUUGCUACAGCAAAUCUUCAUGGUUUAAAGAGAAAUAUAACCAAAUAUUGGAUGUUUGUCAGGAAAUAAGUAUUUAAGUAAAAUAUUUACUUAAAAUUGAAAAUUAUUUUACUCUCUCUCUCUCUUAAUCUAUCUCUCUCUAUACACACACGCACACACACACACACACUAUACUUUUAUUAAUUUACAGCACAGAUUAUAUAAAUAGACAUCUAAAUACAUAAACUUUUAUGUAUUUAUUAUGUAUGUGUGUAUAUUAUGUCAAUAUAAAUGAAUAAGUAUAUGAAGUGUAAUUUCUUAAU